UUAUCAAGACUGAGCACAUUUCCUUGGGAAACUGAAUACAUGUUGUCUUGGGAGGACCUUAUAGGGUGGCUAAGAAAAUAGGUAGUGAGUUAAUAAGUCAUUGAGAGCUGGGACAUUGAUAGAGUCGCUGCUGAUGAACACACGGCAGAAGAGAGAAACAUGGACUACCAGACUGGAUUAUGUUUUGUCAACUUUCUGAUUGCUGUCUUUGCCAUCCCUGAUUCUACUCAUUUCUACUCUGCAAACUUGGAUGAGUUUUCAUUUGUUGACGCUCAGGACUCAUGUGCGUCUGAUGGUUCUCUGGCUAACAUACCUGAUCAAGGAGAAAUUUCAAAGAUUCUGAAAGUCAUUCAGAACAAAAGAGACAGAAACUCUACUUCAUUCUGGAUUGGCCUGAAAAAAGAUAGGACACAGUGUGUUCUGGCAGAUCUUCCACUUAAGGGUUUCCACUGGACUGUAGAUAACAGCAGUAAAUUUGAGCUUAAUAAAUGGAAAGAAGAACCAAGUGGUACUUGCACAAAUGCUCUUUGUGGACUAAUUUCUGUGGAAUAUGAAGGCUCUCGAUUAGUCAAUUGGGGACUAACUGCUCAGCAUUGCGGCAAGAAAUUUCCCUUUAUUUGCAAACAUAAAGGAUCAAGUAAGAAAAAAACAUGUUCUUCUGUACCACAGAUAUUAGGGCAUCAUGACAUCAUGCAACAUAUGGAUGAUCCACAUACACUUUUUGUUUCUUGCCCUAACUCAAACAAUUUCACGCUGACCUGUUCAAGGACUAAGGAUGAAUGGUUGCUGGUAGGUGGAACAGGGACAGACUUACAAGGACUUUGUCUUCAAUGUCAAAAUGGCUACAAAAAAGAUCAGAAUGGAAAUUGUGUGUCUGAAAAUAACUGUAGUCAUUCCCAUAACUGUAAAUUCAAAUGCAUGAAUGCAGAAGGCUGUAAAUGUAUUGAUGAUUCGUCCAAUUCUCACAGUGAAGCCUCAGAAAUAUGCCAGAAAGCAAACAUGGUCCUUUUCAUUCCAACCACUGAUGACACUACUAACCAGGGCAAACCAACCACCUCUUCCAUGGACAACGAGUCUCCUACUUCACCUCAACCAGCUGUUCACAGUACUAAUGAAAGUGGAGUUCAUCCUAUGGAACGCACUGGAGACAUGUCAGACAUUGUCAUCCCUCUAAUUAUCGCUCUGCUGAUCUUUGUGGUGCUGGUUGUGAUUAUUGUGGCCAUUGUGAAAUACUGCCACAUGAGAAGUGUUAGGAAACGGGCAAAGAAAAGGGCAGCAGCCUUGAAAGAAUCAGUUGCUCUGAAUGGAUCAGACUCUAUGGAAAAAGUGAAUGAAUAAUCAAUGAAGCAAAUGUUUUGACUGAAAUGUCUAAUUUAACUCAGACAUGCCUUUGUGUCCACAUGGGUUUUCUCUCGGUUUCUCCUAUUUCCUCCCAUAUCCCAAAAUGUUCUAUUAGAUGUAUUGGCUAGUUUAAAUAGCCCCUUUAAUGUGUGUGUGUGUGUGUGUAUUCCUGCUUCACACCCAAUAUGCCCAAGAUAGGCUCUGGAUGUGCCACCACCCUGACCAGAAUAAAAAGGCUAAAGAAGAUGAACAAAUGAACAAACAUGGAAUAUUGUGAAAGAACUCAUGGUAGGCACUGAAUAUAUACAAGUUCACCAUUUCUAUUUAAUGCCUGCUUUAAUAUUUUUAUUCUGAAAUUGUGCUUUUUAGCUUUUCUUUAGGCAAAAUAUAAAGUCUCAAAAUUUUUGUAUGAGAGUUGUAAUUUGAGAGAGAUUUGAGUUGUUUCAAAAUGGAUGUGUUUGUAUGAAAAUUCACAGAUCUUGCAAUAAUCUAUAAAGUUAUUUGAUUUUUUUUA